CGAGCUAGACUUGUUCUCUUCGAGUCAACAUGAAGAUAUGGCUCUCUAUAUAAAUGCUACUCAAUUGCUAGAAAAAAAACUAAACCAGCUGCAGAAAUGGCUUUCGUCCUCAAGCUUCUCCUUGCUGUGUUUCUGCUACGUCUCCUCGCGACAGGCAUGGCUGUCAGUUCACUCUUAGACACUUCUUCUACUUCAGAACAUGAUGAUCAGAGCUGCGACCUGGCGAGCAUUCAGGUGCAACAGAGCAACACAGGGGACAAGGUUGGGCACGAUCCGGUGUUCGAGGUGGAGGUGAAGAAUUUGUGCCGCUGCAGCGUUGCGGGCGUGUUCCUGAGGUCGGAGGGCUUCGCGAGCUCAACGGCGGUCGACCCCGAGCUGUUUAGACGCGCGGGGAACGACUACCUCGUCAACGACGGGAAGAGCAUGCAGAGCGCGCUCUCCGUCAAGUUCCGCUAUGCUUGGGACAGGGCCUUCAAGAUGUCCGCUGCGAGCUUCCAAGCGAAUUGCCGAUGGAUCAAUAAGGAAAAUCAUUGAUGGUUGUUGUUUAUCCUCGCCUGAUAAUUAUUUAGUUGAAUAUAGUUCACAACAUUUUAUAAUUUUUAUUCGAGAAUACUAAUAAACUGAACAGU